AUGGAGGACCCUAGCCCCAGCCUAAGUGGGACCCCGGCGCCUUAUGGCCGGGCUUGCGUGAACUGCUCUCGGGCUAAGAGUAAAUGCAUACUACUUGCAACUGGAGGAGGCUGUGAAAGUUCAAGAGUCUCACUAGACCAUAGAUGUCAGCGACUCAAGAAAGAUUGUCGUCCCUCACCAAUGGUGCGGAAGCGAAACGGUCGCUCCACGGCAUCUAAGACUGCUCAACUGGAGGCAAAGCUUGAUAGUAUUGUCUCUUUACUUCAGACCAAUGGACCUAGCUCCGGUCUCCCACUUGAUUGGGAAUUAAAUACCCCAGGCUCAAAACAACCUUCUCCAGUUAAUCCACACCCACACUCAGGAUGUGGGGGUACUAUGCCAUCCCCACCGUCAACAGUCUCUACUCCUAACAGCAAUUCAAUCAUGAAUGUCUGUAAUACUAUCAUAAUGCCACCGGAAAGGGCAGAACAGACAAUUCAUGAGUUUCGUCGCCGGAAUUUGAAAGUUCUUCCUUUUCUUCACAUCCCUCCCCAUGUCACUUCUCAACAACUUCGCCAAGACAAACCAUUUCUCUGGUUAUGUAUUAUGGCUGUCAGCACUCCGGGCUAUAAUCAACGAGAAAAGCUCUUCAGUAAAAUCACGGAACUCGUUUUCCAUGAAAUUUUUAUUGAGGUAGCUCCAAGCAUUGAUAUUCUCCAGGGCAUCAUGACUUUCAUUUCGUGGACAACUUAUUCAAAGAGGCCGUUCCUUAACUUCUAUGUUCAUGUAGUUAUGGGAAUUGUUUGCGAUAUGGGCAUCAACAAGGCACUCCCAAAAGAUCUCUCAACAAUGCAAGCUUUUAAAAGCGCAACUGGUUACCGACAGCAAAAUAGCACAACCAGAACUCUUGAAGAGAGAAGAGCUGCACUAGGGUGUUUUCUCAUUACAUCUAGUGUCGCAUUGUCGAUGUCCAGAAUCGAUGCUCUGAGAUGGAAUCCGCAUAUGGAAGAGAGUUUGACUGUUUUAUCGGAGGCAAAAGAAUGUCCUGAGGAUGAGAUCCUGGUAACCUUGGUCAAAAUCCAAUUGAUCAUGGAUAAGGUAUAUCAUUCACGACGUGACGGCGAAGAUCAAACAGUAUCGCGAAUUUACGUAAAAUCAUUUCAAUCACAACUUGACUCUAUUCGAAAACAAAUUCCUCAACAUCUGCUACAAGAGGACACCGUCAUGAUGUAUCUCGAAAACGCCGAGCUGGUCAUUCACGAGUGGGCUAUCCAAACACCUGCAUUACCUCAUUCCCCUGAACUCCAACGACUGGAAAGUCUCUGCGCGGCACUUCACGCUACUAAACGCUGGCUUGAUAUUUGGCUAUCGAUUCCUCCAGAAUUAUACUACGGUCUCCCAUUUACCAUGUUUUUCCAAUUUUCACGGGCCCUCAUGAGUUUAUUCAAACUAUCCACCCUCGAAGACCCAAGUUGGGACAGGAACGUGGUCCGCAACACUGCGAACGUCCUUGAAAUCCUCGAUCAAAUUCAUUUCAAUAUGAAUAAAACUGCGGAGAUGGUCGUAGCAGCUAAUGACCAGGAUCUUUCCAUUUUUGAAAAGGGUGUGAAAAUGAUCACGUCAAUUAAACAGGGCUGGGAACCGAAGCUUAUGGAGGUUUGGUAUCCCAGUCUACCCCCAAGUGGUCUGAGUGGUACCGGUGAUGAGUUUGUUCCACCUGCACCUGAUCUCUCCAAUCUCAUGUCCCUAAAUGGUCUGGAUGAUGCAUGGAUGAUGGAGAUUUUUGGCUCAAUGUGA